GUGGCUUCAUCGCACAAAGGUGGGGAGGAAAAAGGUAAGAAAGCCCAGCCCGCUAAAAAGGGGUUAGCGUCGAGCGGCAUCCUGGUCCGACCCUGCAGCACCAGAGCACCUGGAUUUAGGCCUAACUGGGAAUUGCAGCAUGCAUCUCAACGACAUCGCAUCUUUGUUAAGCUUCCAUCUAUUAUACUAAUAUUAGGCACCCAACUACAACUACAAAUACCAUACCACCCAGGAGAAGGGAAAUAUGUCCGCUAAGAAGGAUAUGCGACGGCCGGACCUGGUCGUCCCGUACCAGGAGCCCGCCCCCAAGUCCGGCGACAGCGCCGAGAUAUCCUCGACCCUAUCCUCCACUCUCCCCAUGGCCGCCAUCUUUACGCGGAACAGGUAUAUCGGCUGGGCCUCGGUCGUCAUCAGCAUCCAGAGCUGGCUCGGCGAGAGCGAGGAGGCCAGCAAGAGCAGCGCCAGCACUCCCGGGUACUUCACCAUUGGCAUGUCAGCCAUGGCCCUCGCCGUAACCUACCUCCCCAUGUUCCUUCCGCCGGCGCCGAACCAAGCCACCAACACCGGGCCCGCGGCCCCAGCCGCUGCUUAGGGAUAUAUCUACCUAAUGUAGUAAUACGAGGUCCACGAUAACAAGCUAAAACAGGCCUUCCUGCUUAUACAUAGGAAAGGGGGGGAAGGGGGGACCUUAGCAAGAAUAGGAAACCCUCAAAAGACCCGGGAGAAUAAUUGUAAGACCAUCGAAGGAGGCGGGAUAAUGUAGUAAUUCACCUAAACCAAAGAGACACGUAACCGCACCGGGGUUUCACCCAAGAGCCGGAUUAUGGCAGAAGUGAUGUCAGAUUUAUUACCCAAGCUUCGAGAUUCGGGUCUUGUAAAUAUAUACAUACCUAAAGCAUGAGCAUAAACUUGGUCUCAUAAUUAAUUAAUUUCAAAAUCAUAUUUGAAGUAAA